AUGCUAAAGAUGGCCGAAACUGACAGAGACGAUAUUCUUCAUACCAAAUCAGGUCAAGAAGGCCAGCUUCUUCCAUCCCAAUUUGAUCUAGACGGCCAACCUGGAGACUAUCCCACUUUGCAAAGACACCAAGUCGUGGACUUGGGCUCGAAUUUGUACUCUGAUAGGUCCUCUUAUGUGGAAAAUCCAAUACAGGCCGGAACUGUGGAGAUAUCCAACGAUGAAAGUCCCCGUAAGAUUCAAAUUCCAUCGCCUGCACGCCAGUUUUCUCUUCAAGAGGCCCCAGUUAUAGAUAGGGGUUUGGGAAUCCAGUCGAUCGACUACGGCGAAGAAGAAAACGACGGCUUCGAUAUGCAUGUAACCUCACCAUUUUCAAUUACCAAAAAUAGUCUUCCUUUACAAUCACCUCAUAGUGUGAUGGGAAAUCAUGAACCUUCACCACAGCUUCCACCUCCAGCAUCGUCCAACAGCUUGAAACACAUUGCAAAUGAUGAAGUUGCCACGUUACGCAAGAAUUUGGUGACUGAAACCAAGACUCCGGCUGAGUACACUUUGCAUAUCAUAUUCACCCAGUUUGUUCGCCAUGCCGAGCGAAAACUCAACAUGUGUCUCGAGUUCCCUGAAAAUGCCGAGCAUCCCAUCAUAGAUAUACUCGGUGAAGGGGCCGAUCCGCAGUUCGAUAAGAUUAUCGCCAACUUGGGCUACAUUGCCAGAAGGAAACCCAAGGCCAGUCAUUGA